AUGGCGCACCCACGGCUGGGGAGGGCUUUUGUGCUCGGGUGCACCUCCCAGAGUACAUCUUUAGGUCGAUACAGGGCCUUCUCAAGCUCCGCAAGUCUCUGUAAAGCUCUCGUACCAAAAUUUGCUCCAACCUCUUCCCCCGAGCUCGACGGCUUGUUCCAGAAAUUCCGAGAUAACCUCUUUAUUCCAGCAUGGCUCCCAUAUGAGGACAAAAGAGCUAUGUAUAAGAAGUCGAAGUCACAGGAGCUACUCAACCAUCCCAUAGUCGUCAACGUUGGCUCUGAAGAUGCGGUCGAUAACUACACACUGCGACCAAUGCACAUUGCAGACGCCCCCAGUAACAGCGAAGUCGCCAAAGUCAUCAGGCUGUUAACAACAGAGGAGGACUGGAAGAGUCUCAUUCCAUUUCUAAGCGGACUUCAUGCUUCAAAACGAGAUCUCACCCCACAUACGGCCGAGAUGCUUAUACGGAGAGCCGGCGAGCUUGGAAUGGAAGCACACGUUUUGCAAGCUGUAGCGCAGGCGCGUCGAACAGGCCUGUUCAUGCGCAAUGCUGAUUUCACUCGAGCGCUUCUAUAUGCUAUACGACUGAAGGCAGAAAAGGCUGGCUUUAAGGGACCUGAUGUUCACCUUGCCCUUGGACAGGCAAAGGAGCUAGUCAGGCUACUGAAUUCCCCAGAACACACGCACCCUGUUGCGGAAAAGGAUCCAAAGAGACUUCCUAGUGUUAUUGGAAUGCUGCUCGAGUUGAAAGCUGCUUACGCCAUGGACGCGUUCAAAGGCCGCGACGAGGACCAGGGGGUUCGAUCAUAUGCGAAUAAACUUAUCAGCACGUGGCCAUUGGAGAAGUUUACUGUGCCAUCUGAAUGGCCAACGGCCAACUGGAGACUACGUACCUAUGUGCCUCUGUGGCACGGAAUUGAUCUGGCUUUGCGGGUUGAAGAAAUCAAGGCUCAACCGGAUCUUCGACAAGGUCUCCAAGCUCGAAGGGACGAAUUGGCUAAGGCCAUUGAAAGUUGCCUCCAGACUGUUGACAAACACCGCCAGGAGGUUACCCACACUGUAUCCUGGACGAAGUCACUACUGCAUAAAUAG